AUAGUUAAAAAGAUUCCAGCCUCUCAGAUUCCGAAACAAACUAAAAUUAGAAAGAUUUUCAUCCUGAAAUUACAUACUGAAAGCGAAAGAGAAGAGAAAAACAAAAGAAAGAUCCUUGCAACAUCUACCCAAUGAAGAGAAAGGCAAUAUUUUCGAUGUUUCUGAGGCCGCCAUUUUCAAAGGAGGCCACCCGCAGACCAAUCACGGCGGCCAUCUCUUUCUCCACCAAAGCCAGGCUGCCGAAGGACGAGGGGACCGCGGCCGUGGUGGAGGACCCGGUUAGGCCGGGCACGGUGUGGGAGCAAGGGAAGAAGGACGUGGAGGCGGAGCAGAGGCGGAAGGCCGUCACCAGCCCCGGGUUUAGCUUCUCUGCCGCGGGGCACUUGCUCCCUUACCAUCUCGGGGCGGCUCGCUUCCUCAUUCAGAAAGGCUAUAUCAAGGAAACAACACCAUUGGCUGGUUCGUCUGCCGGUUCUAUUGUGUGUGCCGCGAUUAUCUCAGGAGAAAGCAUGGAGGAGGCACUGAAGGCUACCAAGAUAGUGGCUCAAGAUUGCAGGCUUCGUGGGACUGCAUUCCGUGUUGGGGCUCUUCUUAGAGAUUUUCUGGACCGGUUUCUGCCAGACGAUGCUCAUAUCAGGUCGAAUGGAAGAAUUCGCGUGGCUGUGACGGAGAUUAUGUGGAGGCCGAGGGGCGUGCUUGUGGACUACUUUGAUUCGAAAGAAGAUCUCAUCAACGCAGUCUUCACCUCAUCUUUUAUUCCCGGAUAUCUUGCUCCAAGGCCGGCAACAAUGUUCCGUGAUCGUUUAUGUGUAGACGGGGGUUUGACACUGUUCAUGCCGCCUACCUCUGCUUCUCAGACGGUGCGUGUUUGUGCGUUUCCUGCUGGUCGUUUGGGGAUGAAGGGAAUCGGGAUUAGCCCCGACUGCAACCCAGAGAACCGCGCUGGUGCGCGAGAGCUUUUGAAUUUGGCGUUCCAGCCGGCUACAGACGACGUUCUAGAUAGGUAUUUCGAGCUUGGAUAUGUGGAUGCAGCUGCGUGGGCCGAGAAGAAUCCAGUUGAUGAAAUAGUUCGACAAGACAAAGAUGACCGUCCGACGAACAAGUAACUGGAAAAAUCAGCCAUCUGAUACUUGUUUGAGUUAUUUUUCAAUACAAAGAAAGCAAAUUGUGUAAGAAUAGGGAUAGGGAUGUGUAUAUUUAUUUUUCCUAAAUAUGUAGUACUACUACUUUUUUGAAUCUAUAGAGUUAUUUAAACUACAAAUUGCCAUUCAUUUUUGUUCUUGCCUUUUUCCAGUUCAUGUAAAAUAAGAAAACUUAUUAUCCCACAUCGGAUAGGAGAAUGAAGUUAUCUUAAAAAACUAAGUAUAAAAGAGGAGGUGCGUAGAUGUUGGAGCUCAUACCUUUCUCGGCCUUUUGGCUAAGAUCAAGUGUAGUAUCUGUUCUUAUCAGUUUAAUAUCUGAUAUGUGAGCAACUGGCUCACACGAUAUUAAAUUUAUUUUUUGAGGGGGAAGGCCCAUCAAAGUAGCUUGCUACUUGGGCCUUCAAGCGUCGCCAAUGCGUUGCACUAUUGCACGGGCCUGGCGCAACCCACCAAUUCAAUUUUAAUCUUUACUUUGUUAACUUCUUUUGGUUGCAUCCAACAACUCUUUAUAAUAUUUAACAAAUGUCAUUGUACUCUUGUUUGAUAUUUUGGAUGUUUUUCUAUUGAUUUGAUAAUAAUUAUGAAUUCUUGCUGUCU